GUCAGACAUGGUGAAGUUAGAAAGGUACCCCGACAAGCCUGCCAAAUGGCCACAUUCGGUGGACGAAACAUCGGGCCCACACCUGUCGCCUUUAGUAAGGAAACUAUUUGAGGCCAUCUCCAAGUGCCAAUACAAAAAACUGAAGUAUCUCCUUCAGAACUGCUGUGCCAAGAUCACCUCCCGGAACCAGUAUGGCCACACCGUCCUCAUCGCGACGCUGCAUAUACCAGAUGAUGAUCGGCGUUUUAGAAUGUUCAAAUAUCUAAUUAGACAAGGAGCUAACCCUUUAACAAAGGAUGUUGCUUUGGAGAGAAACUGUCUUCUCUGGGCCUGUGUAUUGGCACGUUGUGAGGAAACGAGGUAUUUGCUGGACGAGUAUGCCGGAGAAUUUGAUAUCACCGAGAUGGACGUUGACGGCACAACAGCACUACAUCACGCAGUCAUGACAGGUUCAAUGGAUAUUGUCCGAAUGCUGAUCGAAGUUUUCGACAAGUUUCAUGUGUCUGUCGACAUUCCGAAUCGUCUUGGUCUCACACCAUACAUGCAAGCUCGACGCCUUGGUCAUUAUGAGAUUGCCCAAGUCCUUAAACAAGAUGGUCGUGCGAGCCCUCACCGAAGAGAUCCCGUCUGGUUCAAGACGGGUUCCGAAUGGAGUCAAAUAGGGAGAAAGGAAAGACAGGGUGAACGUUUAGAGCAUCUGAGAAAAGAAAUCGCAUGGACCAAGGUGCUAGGGCGAGCACCUCGGCUUCAGAGAAGCUAUGGUUUACCAAUCAAACGGAAGGAUCUGAAUGGGGAAAGACUGCCACCGAUUCCAACAGAGGAAGGGGAGAGCGCUAUUUUAUCAGAGCUUACUCCAGACGGAAAGUCCACCUCUUUGAGUAACAGAAGUUUACCGGAAAAUCUGUUAGACAGGGGGACAAGUAGCAGCAUUGGCCAAUCUGCUCAUAAACUGACAUACAGCCUCAUGGACAUGACUGAGAAAGGGCGGAGAGUUAAACAUUUCCACAAAAGUGAGAGUGUGGACAAAUCUGAACUGAGCGUUCUGGAAAGCCUUAGCUCAAUGCUGGAAGUUCUUGUCACACAAACUUCCGGAUCGUUUCGAAAAUCGGCAGAGAGGCCUGAGAUUGUACCGGAUGUGAUACCGAAACCAAAGAAACCCAAAGUAUCUUCGUUAGCCAUUGUGAUGGGCAAGAAGCGUGGUGACAGAUCGCGGAGGUCCCGAUUGGACCGCCGAGACACACAGAAAGGUAGGCUGACCGUCAUCGAGGAGGUUAGACCUGCAAGUAAAGACAGGCGUGGCUCUAAGAGAAACUCUAACAACGUGACUAGGUCCAAAUCACAGACAACAAACAUAGUCUCUGAGCAACAGGGCUCGUCCUGGCUCAGAAAUACGGUUCUACCGGAAAUAAACGUUAAUGGAUAGCUUCAGUGAAUACGUGUGUGUGUGUGGCAGAUGAUGAACAAAUAAUGACAAAAUAGCGGAAAUUCAUGUCUCGUCGGGACAGAGGGUAAUUUUUGUAAACUCUUGGCGAUUUUAUUAGAUUUAAAGAUAUUGUGAAUUACAUUUUCAUGACCAAGUGGUUAAUUUCAGAUUUAUCUGAAGCACUCUGGCAAAAGUAUAUUAACUAAUUUUUUGUCCGUCUGACAAAACGUUACAUGUCUGAUAUGUGCAUCGAAAAAUGUGUGAUAUCCGGAUUAAACAGACUGACAUAGCUUUGUUAUAUGCAAAAGAGACUGAAAAUCUAUAUAUUUGCUUGCCAUGCAGUGUUUUGUUGUCGUCAUUGUUUAAACAUGUUUGCGAUAAGGAGUAAAGUCUUCUCCACAAAUUGUAUUCCACAAAAGGAAAUCAGAGGAAAAUUUAUACACAACUGCUUAAUAAUCAUAAUGCAUUCGAAA